GCGAUUCUCAACACUGGCAAAAACGUGCAGGCCGGCAAAAUAAUUUAUUAAAUGAGUCCUAGUAAUAUACCUCCUUUGACUUAUAAAGUGGUCGCUGAAUGUUCUGUGACCAAGGCAAGAGCUGGCCUUAUGAGCCUGAGGCACAGCGAUGUCAACACACCUGUGUUUAUGCCUGUGGGUACACAAGGAACUAUGAAGGGUUUGCUGCCAGAUCAAUUGAUUGAGUUGAACUGCCAAAUACUCCUGGGGAACACAUACCAUUUGGGUUUAAGGCCUGGCAUUGAGACACUUCGCAAGGCUGGUGGCCUACAUAAAUUCAUGGGCUGGCCCCGUGCAAUUUUGACAGAUUCUGGAGGCUUUCAAAUGGUCUCUCUACUGCAGUUAGCCGAAAUCGAUGAGAAGGGUGUAAAUUUUAGAUCGCCCUUCGAUAAUAGUGAGUGCAUGUUGACACCGGAGCAUUCUAUUCAAAUACAGAAUGCCAUUGGAGCGGAUAUCAUGAUGCAAUUGGAUGACGUGGUGAAGACAACAACAACUGGACCCCGUGUCGAAGAGGCUAUGGAGCGUACCAUACGUUGGGUGGAUCGUUGUAUUAAAGCCCAUGAUCGUGAUGAUGACCAGUCGCUAUUUCCCAUUGUUCAAGGUGGUCUGGAUAUUCCUCUGCGACAUCGUUGUGUAUCGGCUCUGAUGGAACGUCAAGUUCGAGGAUUUGCCGUGGGCGGCUUAAGCGGUGGAGAGAGUAAACAUGAUUUCUGGCGCAUGGUUCAUGUCUGUACAGAUCGUUUGCCUCGCGAUAAACCCCGGUAUCUGAUGGGUGUUGGCUUUGCCGCCGAUUUGGUGGUCUGUGUUGCUCUGGGCAUUGACAUGUUCGAUUGUGUCUUUCCCACACGAACUGCCAGAUUUGGCUGUGCCCUUGUCGACAGUGGUCAAUUGAAUUUAAAGCAACAAAAGUACAAAAACGAUAUGGAGGUAAUUGAUAAAGAUUGCGAUUGCAGCACGUGCAAGCGAUAUUCAAGAUCUUAUCUACAUCAUAUUGCCACCAAUGAGUGCGUGUCCAGUUCCUUACUUAGCAUUCAUAAUGUAGCCUAUCAGCUGCGCCUAAUGAGAACAAUGCAAGAAGCAAUACAACGGGACGAAUUUCCACAAUUCGUGAAAGAUUUUAUGGCCCGACAUUUCCAAACAGAACCAAUUCCGGAAUGGAUACGUGAAGCUUUAGCAGCAGUUAAAAUUGAAUUGCCGAAAGAUGAUGCAACAGAUGCUACAAAAGAGGCCAAAAAACGUACAACCACUAGCUAAUAGACCAAAUUGGACCACAAAGAGAACUACAUUUUCAUACCUUAAUCGUAUUUGUACUUAACUUCAAUAUAAAUUAAUUCUUAAAAUUAUAUAAAUCGGACUUUAUUCCAAAAUGUAAAUUCAAGGCAUUAAAUUAUAUACAUAAGUUUCAAAAAAUAUUCUUACCUAUUUUUCGACCUGUAAAUUGUAAAAGAUAUUUUAUUACGAUAUAUAAAUUAUAUCUAAAAUAGACCUUUCAAAUCAA